UUUCUUACAUGAAAACAAUGUAUGUUUAUUUUGAGAGAAAGUAGAAAUUGAUUUAAAAUGUCAUCCAAAUGUAGCUCAGAAGACGAGUCAGUUCAUUCUCUUGAUUUAACUAAAACUGAAAAAGAAGAAGUAGCUGAAACAAAUGGCACAUCAGAAUUGGUACCACCAACGCCUUCGAAAAAGUCUCCCAAUUCUGAUUUGGGAAACAAGGAAAAUGUUGAUUAUGUCAAAGACCGGCCUGCUAAUACCCAGUUAGGAUGUAGCGAAACUGAACUCGACAAUGGGAAAAAGCAAUGUGUUCAGACCGAUGACCUCUGCGGUGUCAACAACGAUACCGAAGCAGAUAACUCACGGCAGAGGAUCUAUCCGAACUUGGAUCCAAUGAAGGGAGGUGAUGACAGCUCCUUGAAGGAGAUAUCAUCAUCCGUUGAAAGCGUCCCACCGCAGAGAUCCUCUCAAAUUUUAAGACAAGAUUCUGUUGACUCAGAUUCAGAUCUGCCGAACUCCGGACUCAAGGUCAAAAUCGGCGGAUCUGAUGAAGAUCUCGAGGACAGAUCUGAUCCCAGGGUGGAGGUGUUACCCCCAGACGGAGGCUGGGGCUGGGUGGUGGUGGCUGCAUCAUUCAUGUGCAACGUCAUGGUGGACGGCAUCAUCUUCACCACCGGGAUGCUCCUGCCCUUCAUCAUGGUGGAGUUCGAGGCGUCGUACGCUCAAGUGUCGUGGGUCUCAUCGCUGCUCGGAGGCUUCUACCUCCUGGCUGGACCGUUCGUGUCGAGUCUGGCAUCAGCAUACGGUUUUCGUACCGUAUGCAUCAUCGGUUCUAUCGGCGCGUCCGUGGCGUCAGGGAUAUCGUACUUCGCUAAUAGCCUCGCGUUCCUCUACAUAUCUUAUGGCGUCCUCGCAGGGAUCGGUUUUGGCUUCAUAUACGUGCCGGCGGUGAUCGCAACAGGUUUCUACUUCGAGAAAAAACGCGCGCUUGCUACCGGAAUCGCCGUGUGCGGUUCAGGCAUCGGCACCUUCGUUAUCGCACCCGUCAACAAAUACCUGCUGGGGAGCGUGGGGUGGAGGGGCGUUCUUCUAGUCAAUGCAUGCCUGGUCCUGACGUGCAUCAUCUACAGCCUGGCUUUCCGGCCCCUAAGCGCCGCCACGGGCCGCGUGGUUGCCGUAGACGACGAGUACCCGGGAGCUAUUCCUCUCAUGGCGAGGAUAAGUGAUACGAGAGACGGGCAGAUGGAGGCAUGUUUGUCGACCGUGUCCCUGCCACCUGACCCCAACCACCCUGACGUGGCGGCCGACCGCUUCCACAAGUAUUCUUAUGUUGCAGCUCAAACAAGUCACCGAGGCUCGCGAGGAUCCAUACACAGCGUGCACUCGAAGCCCUUCUUCAGAGACGACAUCUUCUACGCGGGCAGCAUGGCGCGGCUGCCGCAGUACAACAGUUCGGAAUCAAUGGGUGAGUACAGAGCAUCAGUCACACACAUGCCCGAUGCGGCUCUUGAUGAGGAACACGCGGCCGAAGAGACAGGCGGUUGCUGCAAGCGAUGCCCCACCGCAUCUAAAGCAUUCCUGGCCAAGACCUUCGACUUCUCCCUCUGCACAUCGCCUACAUUCCAAGUGCUUGCGUCCUCUGGCUUCCUUUCUUUGAUGAGCCUGUUCAUUCCCUACGCAUUCUUGCCAGCGUUCAUAAACCAAAGGUGGGAAGAGUUCGGUUUCAAAGACGAAGAAGAGGCUGAACAAAGCAGCACCUUUCUGAUGUCGCUCAUUGGGAUUUGCAACACAAUUGGUCGAGUGAUAUGCGGUUGGGUCGCAGACCGCCCGAAAGUCGACGCUAUCUUGGUCAACAACUUGGCGUUGAUAAUCGGUGGCGCAGUAACCAUCUUGUUGCCUUUCAUAACGAACGUUUCACUUUUGUAUGGCUACGGUAUAGUUUUCGGUCUGAGCGUAGCUGUGUUUGCCUCGUUAAGGUCAAUCUUACUAGUGGAGCUUCUCGGUCUGGAGAAACUCACGAGCUCUUUUGGUUUGUUGCUUUUGAUCCAAGGAGUGGCAGCGUGUCUUGGGUCGCCCAUCGCUGGGGGGUUCGUUGACCUCACUAAAAGUUUCGAUGUGAGUUUCUAUGUUUUUGGCUUGACUUACGCGAUCUCUGGCGCCAUGUGCAUACCGAUCAGGAAAAUCAAGCGCUGGGAGGACACUAGGAUCGAAAAAAAGCUGCAGCAAGAGGUGAACAAAUUCUAAACUGUUUCUCAUAUGCUGCCGUUGAGGAGUUGAAUAGAAACACAACUAAGUAUUUCCCUUCACAAAUAUUUCCGUUGUUGUUAGAUCUUAGACUCUAAACGUAAAGCGUUUACGUCUCUUUACUUUUCACGUAAAGCUCUAUGACAGUUUUCAACGUACAACGAAUGUUUUGGUGCUAAAACUAUUAAAUGUAUGUGUUAAUAAUGCUAAAAAUGUUCCUGAUGAAAUCAUAAAUUCUCUUUGGUCGAGUUUCACUUGAUGCCUGAUGAUUUAUAUGAGUUUUGAGAGUAAGAUUACCGGUAAUAUAUUUGCACAAAGAAUAUUUAGGAAUCACAUGAAAAAGUUACAGCUUCUAUACAAUGAUGAACCAAUGGUGCCUUGAAAUUAGUCAAUAAUUCAGCCUCCGAAUUUAUCGUACAUGUAUGAUCCGAAUUUUUAUCUCGUGUCUCUUCAAUUGUUAGUUAAUCAUUUUUUACAGAAUUGUACACCGUUACGUUUGUACAGUUAAAGCACAUGUUGAUAUUUGAAAUGUUUUUGUAGCUAUCUUAUAACGUGAUUAAUAACUUUUUAAUGCUCAGUAGAUUUAGAAGUUUCAAUAGAUGAAAGAAAGACUCUUAAGGCUAGAUGAUUAUAAGCCAUGAUAGAAAGACAGUCAUGUUAUGGUAAACAAUGACAGUGUAUUUGUGGAACCUUCGCAAUCGUUGAUAAAUAGUCUUGCAGAAGAGGAGUGUACAUAUACCUACUAUCAGACAUUAAAGCUAGUUAUUUACAAGAGCUUUCAAUGUUUCCCAGGAGAAAGUACUAUUGAAUGAAACACAUGAACUUGCAAUAUAUAUUUAUUCACCAUAGCUAUGUAUAUACAGGCUUAUGGCCACAAACUGUUUACAUUACAAAUCUUUGGUUUAGCUGAUAAUUUUAGUAUGCUUAUUUUAUUGUCUCUUCCAUUUAUAUAUUUCAAAUAAGAUUGAUCCAAUAAAUAAAAUAAAACUAUCU